GAAGUGUGCGUCAGGAGGCCGCGCGGGUCCGCGGUCGGCGCAGGUGCGCGCAGGGCGGCGCGGGUCGGGCAUGAAGCUGGGCCGGGCCGUGGUGGCCCUGCUGCUGCUGGCGCCGUCGGUGGUGCGGGCGGUGGAGCCCAUCAGCCUGGGGCUGGCCCUGGCGGGCGUGCUCACCGGCUACAUCUCCAUCUCCUACCCGCGCCUCUACUGCCUCUUCGCCGAGUGCUGCGGCCAGAAGCGGAGCCUCAGCCGGGAGGUGCUGCAGAAGGAUCUGGACAGCAAGCUCUUUGGACAGCAUCUUGCAAAGAAAGUCAUCUUAAACGCUGUGUCUGGUUUCCUAAGUAACCCGAAGCCCAAGAAACCCCUUACCCUUUCCCUACACGGGUGGACCGGCACGGGCAAAAAUUUCGUCAGCAAGAUCAUCGCGGAAAAUAUUUACGAGGGCGGUCUGAACAGUGACUAUGUCCACCUGUUUGUGGCCACGCUGCACUUCCCCCAUGCCUCCAACAUCACCCUGUAUAAGGAUCAGUUACAGUCAUGGAUCCGAGGCAACGUGAGUGCCUGUGCCAGGUCCAUCUUCAUCUUUGACGAGAUGGACAAGAUGCACGCUGGCCUCAUAGAUGCCAUCAAGCCUUUCCUAGAUUACUACGAUGUGGUGGACACAGUCUCCUACCAGAAAGCCAUCUUCAUAUUCCUCAGCAAUGCGGGAGCAGAAAGGAUCACAGACGUGGCUUUGGAUUUCUGGAGAAGAGGGAAGCAGAGGGAGGACAUCAAGCUCAAAGACAUGGAGCCUGCCUUAUCCGUGUCGGUCUUUAACAACAAGAACAGUGGCUUCUGGCACAGCAGCCUAAUUGACCGAAACCUCAUUGAUUAUUUCGUCCCCUUCCUGCCCCUGGAAUACAAACACCUGAAAAUGUGCAUCAGAGUUGAAAUGCAGUCCCGAGGCUAUGAAAUUGACGAGGACAUUAUAAGCAAAGUAGCCGAUGAGAUGACAUUCUUCCCCAAGGAGGAGAGAGUCUUCUCUGACAAGGGCUGCAAAACUGUGUUCACCAAGUUAGAUUAUUACCUCGAUGACUGACAGCCCAAGGCCAUGCACACAGAAAGGCUCAAUGCUCAGUCCGCCCCAGCUCCUCUCCUGAGAGGAGGAGCCAGUGAACACUCCCUGCUGGAGGUGACAAAUUCUCCUGGCCUUUGUGUUCAUCCCUCAGAGCCUGCAGGUAGCCACAUCAGGGACCAUGGACAUUGAAGCUUCUGGAGCCUCCAAAAAGGGAAGUAGCCAGUUCCUAGCCUACCCAUUCCGGGGCUCUUGAUUUUUUAAAAAUUAUGUUUUUAAUUUCAAGAGUUUCUGUUUCAAGGAAGGACAAGUAAGUUUUAUUGAAAAUGUGAUGUUUAUUUAAAAUGGCUUUUAACAUUGUGAGUAACUUUUCAGGCUCUAAGUUGUCGGCUUUGUGUGUUUUUUAAAUUCUCACCAUUAUAGCACACACCUGUGUCUCUACUGCUCGAACACAGGUCCUUGGCAUUUGUUUUAUGGAAUGGCAUGGGAGCCAGCUCUGCCAGUACCCCGCCCAGGUUUUAAUCUCAGCAACAGUGUGAGCUGUGGGGGUGAUCUUACUAACACUGAACUUUUGUCAAACUCAAUUUUUUUUUGUCAAGCCAGGUGGAUCUGGGCUUGUUUAUUUUGGCAGUACUGGGGUUUGAACUCAGCACACCUGGCUGAGACUAAGUCUUGAAAGAAACAUCCAGGACUGGAGGUGUGGCUCAAGUGGUAGAGUGCCUGCUUUGCAAGAAUGAAGCCUGAGU